CGUUUUUAGCGAAGUCCAAGCAUAUGUGAUGAAUGUGGUUGGGUGACAAGUCAUGACAAUUUCAAUUUCUUCACAUAAAAUAAACAAAUUUUAUAGAUGGAAAACUCAUUUUUCGGAUUUGAUACCUCUAUGCCGUUGGACGAUGAUGGCGGAGGAAGAAUUGCUGAACCUUCUGAGGAAGAGUAUGAUGCGCUAAACGAUGAGACAUUUGGAUCUGCCAUAAAUGGCGAUUGGGAAGAGGUGCAUGAGAACCUAGUCCGUAUGGGCGGAGAGACCGAUACCGAGAGCGAUGCUUUGGAAAGCAGUGGCCAACUUGCCAGCGGUGGUUAUGGGGCAACCUCUAUGGCAGGUUUGAAAAAUUCAUCCCGCUUACAGCGAAGGUCUGAUUCGGAUUUAGAAUUGAAUUUGUCGGGCAUGAAGUUGGACGAUGUCGACAUUAGUAGUUAUGGUGAGAGUGAAAAUAUUGGUGGUCUUUUGGGGGAUUCGAUGAAAAUGGAUCCCAGCGUGUGGUCGUUGCAACCAUCAAGAGAUCACCAUCAUCAACAUCAUCACAACCAAAGUGAUGUAGGCAAUAUGAGUAUGAUGAAUAGAAUGCCACCAAAUCCCGCGGAUUUUUUACGAGAACACUUUCACAAUCCCUUCAACAAGCAUCCACAGCAUACGCAACAACAACAUCAACAGCCAGCGCAUCAUCAAGGGCCGUUUCAUUUGAUGGGGUCCCAGACAGCACAUCGUCAUACACCUGUGAAUACACCCCAUCCAUCGGGCAUUCCUUUGGGCUUACCUCAUCUGGCGCAGAUGCAUCAGCAACAACAACAGCACCAACCGCAAAAUGGUCCUCCCAAAAUUUGUACUUUGGAAGAUAUUGAGAGAAAUCUCAUCAUGCAACAGACCUCUUCAAAGACGGAACAACAGCAGCAGCAGCAGCAACAACAUCAACAGAAACAGUCUACGCAGUCAAGACAACAGCAGCAACAACAAACGGAUACAGUGACACAGCAACAACGUUUACUUAAUGAGGCACUUAAACAUACGCCAAAAACGCCAACUCCAAUGCAACAACAACAACAACAACAAAUCUUAGCACAACAACAGCAAAUUAAUCAGAAAUUGCAACAAAAAGCUUCUUCAGGGUUUCCUCCCUCAGGUCAACAACAAUCGCCACCAAGACCUUCGAGUAAUUUCGCAAAUAAUUUGGCACAACAUCCAUUAGGUAAUUUAUUGCAACAACAACAACAGCAGCAGCAACAACAACAACACCAUACACAAGGUCCACUCGCAAAUGCUAACGCCGCCAAUCGUAUAAAUCCGGGAUUCUUCUUCCCACAGGCUGGAUCACAUCCGCAGUUGCCACCGCAUCCCUUACUAAAUCAACAUGGUUUGCCAAAUAAUUUUCCCAACCAACGUCCACUGCCGAAUCCGCACCUACCAGUUGCUCUCAACAAUUUUGCAAUGCAUCCAAAUUUCAAUGCUAUGCGAGCAGCAGCUGUUGCCGCCGGCAUUCAUCCUGCAACGUUUUUGGCACAGCAACAACAACAGGCAGCCGCAAAUCGAAUACCUGGACAUCCAAAUCCUCUGAUGCUGUUGAAUAAUCAAAGCUCAUCCAACUCCUCCUUUAAUAUGUUCAAUAUGCGUUUGGUACAGGAGAUACAACAGAAUCAUCCUCUGCUGCAAAAUGCAGCUCGUCAAGCUCAACAGUUGCAUCAGAAUCCUGGAGGACAAAAUAAUCUUAUGAACCUGCAACAACAACACCAGCAGCAUCUACAUCAGCGUUCUAAUAUGGCCGGCGGUUUGGCCAAUCAAAAGUUAAAUCAUAACAUGCGUCGAGAUGGCACCGGCAAUGGUAAUUUGCCUAAUGAGGAAUACGACGAGUAUGCCAAUUUGAUGAGUACUCGCGACAAACAUUGGCUCAUUGGUAUACAAUUGUCACAGUUGAAUACGGACACACCAUAUAUUGAUGACUACUAUUACACAGUCUAUAAGGAGCGCAAGGUGGCACAGAAUGGCAGCUUGCGUCAUAGCCAAGCUCAUAAGGAUAACCAAUUGAAUCAUCCUUUGACACAGCCUAAGGGUCAUGCCCAGCUUAUUCUGGUGCAAUUGGGCAAUAAGAAUGGCACCCGCAAUGGCCAGCAACGUGAGCGUCGCAAUUCGGACAACCACAAUAACAACCAAGACUUGAAAUUGCCCAUGUAUGUCUUUACACCGCUCAAAUUUGAGAAUUCUUUAGGUAAAUUGCAAUAUGGCAGUGUAACUGCUCCUCGCAAGAUCAUCGAUGCCGAGAUCAUGAGUAAUGAGUCGUCAACAACAACAAAUGCCAGCAAUGGAGGCGAUAGUUCCAGCAAUGCUAAUGCGGGAUCUUCAGCUACCACUUCAGUUAAUCAGGGCAGUGUGGGUGCUGCGAAGAGAUCAGAAACACCAGUUUUGUCUCAACUACCCAAUUCUGCUAGUGGUGGGGGAGGCAAUGAUCUCACUUCUUCCAAUACUCAACGAAAGUCGCGUUACAUCUUAUUACACAUUGAGACUUUAUAUCGUGUCCUUUUGAAAUUGGAUGAUCUUAACAAUCCCAAUGCCAUUGCCACCAUUCUAAUGAAAAAGAAAAAAGAAAGUGAACGCAUUGCGGCUAUGGAACAAAUGGAGAAUGCCAAUAAAACACCAGAAGAGCGAGCCGCAGACACAGCUACAAAUCCAUCACUGAGAACCAAAUUCAAUUAUGAAAUUGAAACCAAGGAGGCACUAGUAGAGAAAGUCGUUGCAGGUUUGCAACACGACAAAGUCGUGGCCAUGAUGAAUGUGCGCAAAGGCAAGGUUUUGAUACGCCGCAUUAUGCCCUACAUCGAAGAUCAUGAUGCACGUUGGAAUGUGUGGAUAGGUGUGUUCCAUUCUCUCCAAAGCGUUUAUAAAAAAGAUCGCGAUGACAGCGAAGGCGUUUUGUACUCCUUAUAUCCAGAAUUUAAUAAGCAAAUUAAAUCGGCCAAUUUUGAAACUAUCGUAAAAAUUUCAUCGGCCAUUUCGUUAAAUGAUAAAAAGUCAAAUGGCGUAUUUUGUAGCAAAUUUGGAAUAUCAUCACUUGUCUGUUUGAUUUUACAAGCGGAAAAUAUCUACGAUAAAAAUGCUGACGCUACUCUAACGGAGCAGAAUAAAGAUAGUUGGCGCCAAUUUUUAGAUCAAGUUGCCACUUCAUUAAAUCGUACCAUACAAAAUCAAACAAUUUGCGCCGCCAUAGAAUCGGACUCCAUACAACCAAUUAUGAAUCAUUUUGCAAGAUUUAAAGAUUUGAAGCUGGACUCAUUGUUGGCCCUCAUAACGGAAGCAAAACAACAGAUUAACUAAGCAGGAGUCUUCUUUCUUGGGGAAAAAAGAAAGAAAACGAGACAGCGUAGAAGCAAAAUUACAAAAAACAAAAAAAAAAAAGCAAAGAAAGCAGGCAUGCAACACCAAGAUAUACAGCAACACAAGUUCUCCUAUAAAACCAACACUAACAAGCCCCUCCUUCUCUCUUGUGCUACAGGCAAGUAGUAGAUUUAUACAAAAACAAAUCUCUGAAACAAGAAAUGUAGAACUACAUUAUUACCAAGCAUAAAGAUGAAGAUGCAAAUACAGUUGCAGAAUACAUAUAAGCACAUUUAAUGAAUUUGAAUUUCAUUUAUACUAAAAACAAACGAAACAAAAACACAAUUUCUUCAAGCAAAAAAAUGAAAACAAAAACUCACAAUUACCCCUACCUACUACCUAUCAUCCUCUCUAACCAGCUAUUAAGUUGGAUUUUUUUUUCUGUUACGUACUGGAAAAAUGCAGCUUCGCAACUAUUUGUUUUUGGAAAUAGUUUAUACAAAACAAUUUAAAAUUUUUUAGUAUAAAUCAAAAAUUAGCAAAAAAUAUAUAUAUAUAUUUUUGUUUAUUUUUUAUGAAUAAUGUCGGUUUAGCUUUCUUUUACUUUCUUACCUACGUAUGAAAGAGGUUUCUUUUUAUGUUUAUUCGAUAAUUUUCAAAGCAACUUUGUUUCUUUUCAAAUUUUUAGUUAUCUUGUGUUUUGUUGUAUGAAUAUAGUUUUAUUUUAUUUUUUUUUUUUUAAUUUAUAUGUCGAGUUUUUCUAAACAUCUUCAUAAUGGUGCUAGAGAUUGUAGCAUCAGCAAUUGCAAAAUACAUAGAUUUUGUACUUUUCAAAGAAAAUGGCAAACAAACAGUUACACACUACAUACAUACAAUACAUACAUAAUAUAUAUACAUGCAACAUAUAACUUACGUAUUUUACGUUUUUAAUGUUUAUUUUUUUAUUAUAUGGUGAGAAUAUGCAUACACAUACAUAUAUAGAUAUAUACACAUGUUUUUUUUUAUAUAUAUAAAUAUUUUAUUUUUCUUUUAUUCUAGUUUUUGGUUUUUAUUUUUUUAACAUAUAAUUUGUGCAUAAUUUCUUAGGUUUUUUUCUUCUAUUAAUUUUUUUCGGUGUUUUGUAAAUAUUUGUAAAAGCAAAACCUUAGAAUUUAGAAUCUAAAUUUUAUUUAAUGCAAAAAAAAAAAACAAAAACAAUGAAAACUUAUGUGUAUUCAAGUAAAAACA